UACACACGGGCAAUCAACCCCGAUGUCGAGGGUGUACGCUUGGUUCUUGCACGAAAUAAAGUUCACGUCACAAAACUCUAACAGUAAACCGGCUACUAUGUAACGCGUAAUUCAUAACAAUUAAAUUGUGUCCGCGCUUUCAGACAUAAGUAAGCACGUUUCUAGCAGUCUUAGUGGUUUGAGCGACGUUAGUAACCAUUCUGGUAUUCGCGUUCUAACGACACAACGACGGUGCUUCGCGCUACGACAAAACACCGUAAUCGCAUCCGAAUUCAGAGUUGGGCACUGGUGCGAUUUAACGAUAAGAUCAGUUGAAUUUUGGACCAAAAAAAUCAAACGGAAAUUUUACACCUGCAUCGUAUAGAGUGUCAAUCAAUCUGGCUAUUCCCAUGAGUGUUCCUGGUUCACUCGUGUAUCCAACAGUGACGUAAGUGACAAUACGUUAUGGUGUUUCCCAACCGGUUGCAAUCAGUUUGGUUACAAUUACAAGAAUACAUGUUGGUACAUUCAAAAAGGGCCAGAGAGCCUCCCGUCUGUAAUCAGUGCAACAAAAGAAUAAGAAUCUAAAGAGAACAAGAGUAACUGAUAACAAGAAAUUCCUACAGGUGUCCCAGAACAGGAUACUAUACAAAGCAACCUCGAUAUCCGAAAUUCCUCAGGAUCAGUCAUAUGAAAUAACUAUAUUAAUCUUGACGAUUUGGAAGUCAAAGGUCUUGAGAAAAAUUCAUCGGAGUCACAUUGUAUACUUAUAGGAUUUGCAUGUGGAAUUGCGAUUUCGACAUUGCAUAAGGCUUAAACGUCAGGGACCCCGCACGCCGGGGGUUUGAAUCGUCGAGACACCAGAUGUGAGGAUGCCUGAACAGAGUAACGACUAUCGGGUUGUCGUUUUUGGAGCGGGUGGUGUUGGGAAAAGUUCCCUCGUCCUGCGUUUCGUGAAAGGAACGUUCCGCGAGUCUUAUAUACCGACAAUUGAGGAUACGUACAGACAGGUGAUAAGCUGCAAUAAAAACAUAUGCACGCUUCAAAUUACGGAUACAACGGGGUCCCAUCAGUUUCCUGCGAUGCAGCGACUUUCGAUAACUAAAGGUCACGCGUUCAUCCUGGUCUAUUCGGUCUGCUCGCGGCAAAGCCUCGAAGAACUGCGACCAAUAUGGGCCGUGAUAAGAGAGCUCAAAGGACAAGACAUCUCACAGAUCCCCAUAAUGCUGGUGGGCAACAAGUGUGAUGAGAGUCCAGUGGUACGCGAAGUCACAAUGAGCGAAGGUGCCGCUGAAGCCGCGAAUUGGGGCUGUGGAUUCCUGGAGACAUCAGCAAAGACAAACCAUAACGUGAACGCACUCUUCCGGGACCUGCUCACCCUGGAGAAGAAUCGCUCGGUCUCCCUGCAACCGGUGCAGAGCAACAACGCAAUAAGCCUUAAGGAAAAAUGUGCCGUUAUGUAAUUAAUUCGCUGGUGCUUCGUGCAUCCUAUAGCGAUAGACGAGGUGAUUGUUCGACUAACGAGACGAGAGACUAUAGAUAUAUAUAGGUCGUCUUUUAUAUUUUUCUUCUUGAAUUUUAAUCAGAAUCAACUAUCAUCAUCUUCUCGAGGAGUAUAGCCAAAUUAACGUGGAAUCGAAGCAGCAUGAAGUUCGACCAUAUAUUAACAUCGUCCUCGCUCGUUAGGCAACCAUUAAUCCAUACUUAUAUUAUUAUUAAUAUAUUACAGAUUGAAAUGCAGUAGGUCGCUCGACAUAUUCUCUACUUGAUAAAUUGUUGUUCGUUUUAUUCUGCAGGAUCGACCGACCGCGCGCGCAUUGCGUCGUCCAUGUACUGUAUGUAUAUAUCUAUAUGGAUGUACCUGGAAGUCAUGGAAUUUACGAUGCGCUUACAGGCGAGAGGGAUUUACUGCGCAGUUCUAUGUGUUGAGCUUUAAAGAAUAAUGCAACGCGCGACUCGAGUCUUGCGGCGGAUCGAACCUAGGUUUUAUUAUUAUUAUUAUUCCUAUUCGAGAUUCCGACUUAUAUAUGCUAAACUACGCGUAUAUACAUACAUAUAUAUAGUUAGGUAUUGCAUAUCGCAGUUGGUCCUUUCCUAUUUCUUAAAAUCGAGCUUGUACUUAAAACGGAUACGAUCAUUUUUGCUUUGGUUUGGAUUGCGCGCAUGCGCGUGUGUAAUCCCUCUUGUGCGCAAGCGCAGACGCACACGUUGGCGGGAAGCGUUAAAGAUUAUGGCGCGCAAUCGCAACGAAAAUACGUAAGAAAAAGAAUAUAUAUAUAUUCCGAGCAGCCACGCGUAAUGACAAAUUGUUAAAAGAUUCGAUAAAAAAAGAAACAAUAUAAAAACAAAGAAGACGUCCAUGUAAGGGACUUUAUAAGGCGAUAUUGGAUGGUCACAGAAUCACGUGAGAUCAAGCAAACGAGAAAUAAAUAAGUAAAAGUUGUUACAAGAUUGGUUUUUGUUGAGUAGUUGUAAGGUUUUGUAAUGACGCUAUUAGUAUUUAUUAUCGUCACGAAAAAGGGAAAUACAAAGAGUCACGAUUAUAUUAUAUAGAUCCGUAUAUAAAACGCGCUAUAAUUAUCAUAAAACGCAAUAGAGUUAAGCCCUUAGGCUGCAGGUGUCUUUUAGAAGGUUGCGUACAUAUUCGAGUACGUACUCGAAUUCUAUAUACAUAAUGACACUAGUACGACAUUAUAUAUAUAUAUAUAUACUAUAUAUAAUGACACUCUUAGAGGGUUAUGUCGUUACCGUUGUCAUCCUCGUUGGGAUAAAAAGAAAUGCAAUUAGACGAAUAAACUAGAUCAGCAAGAACUUAAGGAACGACAAAGUAAAAAAAGAGGCGCCCUAUUCAUGUCACAAGGAAUAUUUUGUCCUUAGUACGACUCUGGCAAUUUAAAUAUGAGAAAUGUAGGAGCGCAACAUCUGUCGUCGAUCACGUGACCAAAUGAUCAAAGUGACAAGAUGGCGGACGGCAUCGUACGAUUAUGCUCGAGUAUUUGCAGUUACGGAGAUUUUUUAAGUUUUCAUUUAUUACAAUCGCAUUAUGUCUACCGAUAUCAAUGUAUAAUAUUAAUUGCCUGACCGAGUACAUUCGUACACACAAGCAUAAACGGUUUUGCAGAGAUACUGAAUCAUGAGAAUAAUAUAUAUCUUUCUCUCAACAUACGAAGUAUCUCGCUGGUUAAAGUUUUCUAUGAUCAACAAAGCUGUCACACAAGUCACGAAUUUUUUCGACGAUUCGUAUUACUAUGCUAAAUAAUACUAUUAUUAUCAUUAAUUAAUACUAUUAUUAUUACUACCAACUACUAAUACUGCUGCUACUACUCUACUACUACUACUAAAGUAGUGCAUGCCGAUGGUACAUGUAAUUAUCGGCAGCAAGCAAAAUAUUAAUCCUAUCAAUAUUACGAUUGCUAGACGAAUUAAUUGUUAGAAUCGAACGAGUAAUACAUAUCUUAUAUUCCGCAUCGUGCGAGGCGAAUAAAGAGAUGCGUACGUAGGUCUCGGUAAGAGAGCAGUGGCGCGGUAGAGGGAGGGGGGGUGACGGAUAAAAAUUAAGUGCGAUCGAAAAGAAAAAAAUGAAGGGGAGAUACGAGGAAACAACAUAAACGAUAUGUUCUGAUUUUCGGGGCCAAUUGGAGAAUAAGGUAAAACGUGCGAAGUGAAAUGUGUUAGGCACGCGUUACCUAAUAUUAUAAUUGAAAUGUUAACCUCUCUAUUCGUUUCUUUCGACUUUAGCGUAACAUGGUGAUUACACUUUUUGUAACUGCGCAUGCGCCGUGAGCUCUAAUACUUUUGCAAAUUUACUCUAUAUUUUACACGUACUUACACGUAUUUACACGACUCUCUGUAUAAUAGAUGUCAUGUAAUUUCAUAUUUACGUUUUAUUCUGAUCGCGAAUGUAAUAACACGGGAAUAUUGUCCAUGGAUAUUUGUAAUAUUGCUGCGACAAUUUUUCUUUUGCGAUUCACUUGCGGAUGCCAUUUUGACGAGUGUCGCUACGUGCGAAUUCUCAUUGUCAAUACGUUUUACGAUUUAAAUAUGUGACGUGCCCGCGCAUGCACUCGCAUUCAUGUUGGGCUGUUUAUAUUAUAUGUACGCGUACACGUAUCAAUGCAAAGAAUACGCAAGCUAUUUUUUAUGUAUUAAUUAAUUAAUUGAUUGAUUCACGAAUGCCUUGCACUCGGUUAUUCGUGCACUCAGUGAACGAAGCGUGCUUUGUGUUUAUUUGUAACGUUUUUAUCUGUCGCCGAUAUAUAUCGAUAAACAUCGAGUAUACAGUUUUUAUUAUAUCACUUGGGGAAAUUUAAAGUCACGCUCGUGACGCAGGUUGAUGGCGAUUUUCAAUUAACUCGGAAAUGGUCGCGUGAUUUUGUUCUCCAUUUGAAAAGCAAUGAGUUCGUAUGUCAGACACCUUACGCGCCUAUUCCCGGGUUGAGGAGACGUCUACGUGGAUCCUUCUGAUAUUCAAUGUCACGGGUCAACGCUGUAAUGAUGUCUGAGGAUCCUCAAGGUCUCUAGGUGUCUCCAAGAUGGCUGUCUUGAUCAGACUAAAUACCGUCAGGCGCACAAACAUAUCCUUUUCGCGCGAAAAUUUUGCAUAUCCAGAAGAAUCGAUAAUAUCACAUUAAUUUUUAAGGUGAUUUUCAAUUAUAAUCAGUCGUGUCGGUUCGAUCUUGAUCGCUAUUUAAUUAAGCGAUCAUGUACAUAUCGUCCGUUACGUGCAGGAAACAUGCCUCUAAAGCAUAUCAUAUUAUUAUAAUCAUUUAUAUAUACAUAAACAAUGAGAAUGAAUUAUUGCGAGCUUAGUUGUCUCGCUGUGCCUGAUUUUACGGAUUUCAUAAAUCGAUUAAUCGAACGAGCGAUCGAUCGAUCGCAUUGCGAUCUUUGUCUUUGACAUUUUUUUUCUUAGUACGUUUCGGUUGAGCGAGACAAAAAUUCGGAAAGGUCACGCUGAUGACUAUGCUUUUUAUUAUAAAUGCGAUACAUAAAACAACAGCGUGAUCGCGGGUAGACACUAGAGCGCAUGCGCACACGUUUGAAUAUUUUAAAACUUCGCGCGCUUACUUAUUAACCAUUGUAAGAACAAAAUAUUGCGUUUCUUGUUUUCAGUGAAUGUUGAUAAUCUGUAUUCCGGCAUAUUUGUAUUAUAUUAUAUACAUAUAUAUUUAUAUCUGCAUUUCUUGUGCUUGGUGUAUGCACGCGUUCACGUUAAAACUCAGAACAACGGAAUGACAUAUCAAAAACAAAUGUACCCUGUCCUGCACGUUACCAGGAGUGCGUAGAUCGAUCGGCACGCACAGAAUUUUAAUAUUAUAAAUUUAAUGCGAUAUAUAAGGAUCGGAUUAACGCUGGUCUUAUUGUAUCCUGAGGAUUUCAUUAUUUAUUCGAUUGUUACUGGCUAAUUGAAAUCUGUACUCGUAUCUACGAAUUACACGAUCUUGAUUCUUGGCA